CAAAGAGAGAUAGAUAUAUAGGAGAGGAAUAGGAAGAAGGUGACACUGCACGCACAGUCCUGAAAAGAUUUGUCAUGGACUGGUUGUGUAUCCUCCUAUUUACCUCCACUCUGGUAGCCUAUGAUAUAAAGGGAGAAACCCUAGGAUCAACAGAUAUAAAAGCAGGAACUCCAGGGUCAGCAGGUGGCUGGUCUUAUCAAUUUGUGGGAAAUCAGCCGGCGAAUGGACUUGGUAUAAAUGGAGGAAUUCCAGGUUCAACAGGUAUAAAUGGAGGAAUUCCAGGUUCAACAGAUAUAAAAGCAGGAACUCCAGGGUCAGCAGGUAGCUGGUCUUAUCAAUUUGUGGGAAAUCAGCCGGUGAAUGGAAUUGGCAUAAAUGGAGGAAUUCCAGGUUCAACAGAUAUAAAAGCAGGAACUCCAGGGUCAGCAGGUAUAAAUGGAGGAAUUCCAGGUUCAACAGAUAUAAAAGGAGGAACUCCAGGGUCAACAGGUAGCUGGUCUUAUCAAUUUGGGGGAAAUCAGCCGGUGAAUGGACUUGGUAUAAAUGGAGGAAUUCCAGGGUCAACAGGUAUAAAUAGAGGAAUUCCAGGGACAACAGAUAUAAAUGGAGGAACUCCAGGGUCAACAGGUGGCUGGUCCUAUCAAUUUGGUGGAAAUCAGCCGGUGAAUGGACUUGAUAUAAAGGGAGGAACUCCAGGGUCAACAGAUAUAAAUGGAGGAACUCCAGGGUCAACAGGUGGCUGGUCUUAUCAAUUUGGUGGAAAUCAGCCGGUAAAUGGACUUGCUAUAAGGGGAGGAACUCCAGGGUCAACAGAUAUAAAGGGAGGAAUUCCGGGCCCGACAGAUAUAAAAGGAGGAACUCCAGGAUCAACAGGUAGCUGGUCAUUUGGUGGAAAUCAGCCGGUGAAUGGACUUGAUAUAAAGGGAGGAACUCCAGGGUCAACAGAUAUAAAGGGAGGAAUUCCGGGCCCGACAGAUAUAAAAGGAGGAACUCCAGGGUCAACAGGUAGCUGGUCAUUUGGUGGAAAUCAGCCGGUGAAUGGACUUGAUAUAAAGGGAGGAACUCCAGGGUCAACAGAUAUAAAUGGAGGAACUCCAGGGUCAACAGGUGGCUGGUCUUAUCAAUUUGGUGGAAAUCAGCCGGUGAAUGGACUUGAUAUAAAGGGAGGAACUCCAGGGUCAACAGCUAUAAAGGGAGGAAUUCCGGGCCCGACAGAUAUAAAAGGAGGAACUCCAGGGUCAACAGGUAGCUGGUCAUUUGGUGGAAAUCAGCCGGUGAAUGGACUUGAUAUAAAGGGAGGAACUCCAGGGUCAACAGAUAUAAAUAGAGGAACUCCAGGGUCAACAGGUGGCUGGUCUUAUCAAUUUGGUGGAAAUCAGCCGGUGAAUGGACUUGAUAUAAAGGGAGGAACUCCAGGGUCAACAGAUAUAAAGGGAGGAAUUCCGGGCCCGACAGAUAUAAAUGGAGGAACUCCAGGGUCAACAGGUGGCUGGUCUUAUCAAUUUGGUGGAAAUCAGCCGGUGAAUGGACUUGAUAUAAAGGGAGGAACUCCAGGGUCAACAGAUAUAAAUAGAGGAACUCCUGGGUCAACAGGUGGCUGGUCCUAUCAAUUUGGUGGAAAUCAGCCGGUGAAUGGACUUGAUAUGAGGGGAGGAACUCCAGGGUCAACAGAUAUAAAGGGAGGAAUUCCGGGCCCGACAGAUAUAAAAGGAGGAACUCCAGGGUCAACAGGUAGUUGGUCAUUUGGUGGAAAUCAGCCGGUGAAUGGACUUGAUAUAAAGGGAGGAACUCCAGGGUCAACAGAUAUAAAAGGAGGAACUCCAGGGUCAACAGGUGGCUGGUCUUAUCAAGUUGGUGGAAAUCAGCCGGUGAAUGGACUUGAUAUGAGGGGAGGAACUGCAGGGUCAACAGGUGUGCAAGUAGUUAAAGAAGAAAGAAAUGGGCAAAGACAAGGAUUACUACAGAGUCUAUUAAAUGUCGGUGGAAAAAUAAUAUCAAAUGCAGGUGAUUUAGUCAAAGGAGUUGGUGAAACAGCAGGAGAUCUGUCAAAUUCAAUAAUUGGUGGAGAAAAUCAUGGAUUAAUACCAAGUAUAGUAGAUGCUGGUGAAAAAGUUAUAAAAGAGACAGGUGGCAUAAUCCAUGGAAUUGGUGAUGCAAUUGGAGGGCUGGGAAAAUGAAGAAGUUCUCCAAGCUACAACAAUUCUGAGUGUAAUCCUGCUAUAAACCAAGUGAUUGGAGGAAUAUCACCUAAAUCAACAGCACAAACUGGAAUUUGCUCCUGACUACUUCCUUAAAUUUAAUACAUGUUCUUUAUUUGCCUUAUAAACCUGCUAUAAUGACUGAUCCAGUGAAACCAAUAAACACAAUCAUAUAAUCAG